CGUUAUUCCCAGCACUCGACCAGCUUAGCUACAUUAUUAUAAUUUCAUUUUGACUAAUUGCACUUAUGUAGUAAAACUUUUUAAAAAUGAUAGCAAACAAUCGUAUUUUUUUGUCAUUAUAUGUCAUACUAACAAUCAACUUAAUGAUGAUUGAAUCAAAAAACAAAGUUUCACCGUCAUAUUACGUCAGUCAAAUAUUCUCUCAUUCGUACAUUAAUAUAGUGAAUACAUUGAAAACCUACAACCAGCAAGAAAUAAAACUUAGUGAAAAAGAACGUACAAUUCUGACAACUCCUAUUCAGACUUACAACGACACCAAAGGCCGGAAUACGGUGUUUGAUAAAUUUGACAAGAAAAUCGAAGACGUUAAAUGUACUUGCACACUAAUCGUAAAAUCGAAAUUGGUGUACUUGGAAAAUAUUCUGGAAGGGUUGCGAAGAGGCGAACCUAUCGAAAUCGUCCGGGAAGAACUAAACGUAUUGAAAGAAGAAGCUGGUCUUAUAGUGUUGAUGUUUCAAAAAGGCCAAGUCAAAGCGGGCAAAUGGUUUUGGAGCUAUUAUUUAAAAAUCAUGACGAUCAUCGAUUAUGAUAGCAACAAAAAUUACUUUGGGGAACCCGCUUUCGGAGAAGAGGAACUACAUAGCGGCAUUACAAAAUUCAUAAAAUAUUGCAAGGAUAACAAAUACCUUCCCAAAAAUAGAACAGAGUUCGAUUUGGUGUCGAAAAAUCCUCAGGUACCAUUCAACAUUUUUCGAAUUCUGCGUGCUUCUGCAGAACUUACUGCGGACUAUAUUACCGUCAUGCAAAACAUAACGAUCGACCAAUUGUAUCUAAAACCGUUAUGGGAUAAACACGAAUUACUGUUCGGUCAAAUAACCGGCUCAGCCGUAGAAUGGAGGCCAACGAUAAGACGGCACGCAGUCGAACUGAAUAAAACCAAGGAAUACAUUGACAACCGCCAAUGGGUGUCGAAACCGUUUGGACACCUUAGCUACCACAAGUUGAUUAAGCAAAUCGUCAAUACCAGAGUGUACAUCUUUCUGUGGGUAAUGUUGGUGAUUUUGGAUAAACUAAUGCCCAACAUGGACGAAAACAGUUUUAAGGCUAUCUACAGGAGGACAAUCGAUACGGUUGAUACGGUGUUCGAAUUCAUGGAAUUUUCCGACGGUUUUUUCUAUGACAUAGCGGCAGAGUAUGCUUGGACAAUGCCAGAAGACACAAAUCUUGGUGACCUCAUAGCUAGAAUAUCGGUAAGAGCCAAAGACAGUUUAGUCGAGUUGAACGGGAGAAAUUCAAACGGAACAGAUUGGAUCAGUAUUAACGUAAACGGUCAACUUAACAAUGUUGUGAUGACGGAAUUUCUCAAUGAAUUUGCCGAUAACUUCUAUCAGUUAAAAGCAAAAUUAGGUACUUUUUAUUAUGUGCUUGGAAUGAGUCUUCCGAGCGAAGGAGAUUAAUGUAGUUUAGGAUCACGCCCAAAUCAUGUAUCUAAAUUUGCACAUCAAGUCAAAAUACGUUAUAAUACAAAUUUUUUUCAGAGAUUUUUCAAAAAUUUAUACUUAAUCAUCUAUUGCACUAAAUAUGAUAUUUUUACAAAACAGGUAUUACCAUAUUUAUUUUUUUUUAUAUUUUUACUUGUUCAUAAACCUUUUUUCUCCUUCAUCAUAGUGUAUAUUUUACCAUUAACCAUUAAUAUCAUUUAUUUAUUCAAUCCACAUAAUAACUAGUAAAGUAAAAAAGUAAAAAACUUCAAAUCUAAAUAAACAACGAAAGCGUUUAAAAUCGUGCCCAAAAUUCUUUAUUGUAUACUACAUUAUUUAUUUAUUGUAUACGGGCUGGGCCCUUUUUAUAUAUAAAUAUAUACAUGCAUAUUUGUACAAUUUAGAAAAACAUUAAAUACACAACUGAACAGCAACUUAUAAA